UGCUGGUGAAGUCAAGCGAAAUCUCAAGUCCUCGUAAAGUACACAUACUAUAAUAUUCGAAAUGUUAUUGUAGACUUGUGAAAAAAAAAAUCCUCGUCGUAAUUAUUCGUGGGAACUUGCUGGGGAAGAUUCCUUUCCGAUGUCACACGUUUACUUAAUAUUGUUUAGGUAAGGAUAAGUUACGGGCUAAGCUCAAGUUUGGCAGGGCAAAUGACAGGGCAGUGGCUGGCGUUGACAGGGGUAUUCAUAAACUCUUUGUGUACGCGAUGUAAACAAAUAGUGUGCGCGCUCAACUCCUCGUGCGGGUAUGUGGACAUGGACAUUACUUCCUGUCUUGCUGACAGUGACGGGCAUCGUGGGAACCUGGAUAGUAUGUGCUGUUUCACUGUCCAAUGAUUCUGUCAAUGUGACUGUAAAAUUUCCUUUCAUCAGUCAGUGUGCGGUCCGUCAGCCUGAGAGUUCUCUAUUCUGCGUCUUCUGUAAUGUGUGGACCUUUCUGAUUGUGUGGGUGGUGGUGAUUCGCUAUCAGUUGGUCAGGGAGCUGAGUGACAGCUGUUGCCGCGGUAACCUGUCCGGCCUGGUGCUCGGCCUCCUCGCUGCAGCUGGAGUUACUCUGCUCGGAAGCUUCCCGAUGAGGGUAUUUUUCCUGAUGCACCUGCUGGGGGCAUACCUAGCCUUCUUUGUGGGUGUGGCAUUCUUCUGGGUGCAGCUGUGGUUGACCUAUCAGGCGGAGCCGUCCCAUGACAGGUGCUGGACCGGGCCACUGCGCGCCUCCCUCUGCAGCCUCUGCACCUCCUGCCUUCUAGGCAUGUUCGUACUGAAGGCUGUGGGCCUCAGGGAUCUGGCGGCCAUGAGUGAAUGGGCCAUGGUCUUCCUCUUCUUCCUCCUCUUCGGAACCUUUGCCAUCGAGUUCCGCCACAUCCACCGUUGCCAUGCAACCGUGCUGAUGCAGGGCGGUUCUGUGGGAGGCAGUGAUGAUGUGGCCGUGGGGUGGCGUCCAGUGGUGUAGGAGACGCUAUGUUGUCAGAGUUGCUGUUUUAUAUUUUUGUAUCUUAUCUGUGUCACAUGGAAAAACUACCUAAAUAAUUGUUAAUGUCUUUAUAGGUGACACAUUGUAAAGUGCAGCUUGACAUUACAUGAUAUGAUGUGUGUUAACACUGUAUGCUGACACCCAGAUUAGUUUGAGUACAGUCUGCAUAGCAUGUGCUAAAAAUAUGAAACAUCGAUGGACUUUCAGGAUGUUGCAUAAUGCCUCAAUGCUUUGUGGAACAUGUUUACGUUCUUGUGUCAUGUGACUACACAGUCUGCCCACUAGGUGGCAGGCAAAGUUCACUGCAGCCAGAGCCCUUGAUGACUACAGCCAGACAUGGCUCUGACUGCAGCUCUUGUAUUGACUGUUGACUGACUGCUGGCUGGACAAAUAGCCUAACACAGCCCACUAUUGUGUGUUGUUUAACAGAAAAAAACAGUGUAUCUGCCUCACCACAGUGUGACCCUGACUGUCCUAACCUACUGUUACCUGUUCAGUUAACACCAAUACACACUU